AGACGAGCCGCGGACGCCGUCCCUACCGGCCGGCCGAGCGCCGCGCUCCGCCCACACGCCGGGCCUGAGCGGCGGCAGGUGAAUAGACGCUCGGUGUUUGUCGGUGCAGUGGAGAACGGGUAGCGUGUGUUUAAGCGGUGUGAAAAAGAGCUGUGAGCUGACAGAGCGAGGUGUUAUCGAGUGGAGGCAGUGCGAGUCGGGACAGUUUGAGGUGCGUGGGAGACAGGACAGGUGCGGACGGUGACCGGCGCGGACUGUGUAAUCGCCGAGCCGGCCGGCGUCGCCAUGCUGGCGCGCGGCAAUCGAGACACGUUCCUGCAGACGAGGGCGCGCUGGGAGGCGGCCGGAGAGGAUGUCGGACGGACGGGCUCCGGCACCCGCACUCUGCCCAGCCGCGGCCGACGCGCCCGGCUCCGGCGCAGCGACUCCAGAGACUCACUGGACGACGGCCGGCCGAGUCAUGACUCGCCACCGCCGCCGCCGAGCCGCGACUCAGCCUCCAAGAAUAAGCUCAAGUCUGAGAAAAGACGUAAGAGCUCGGCGGCAGGGGAGGAGCGAACGAGCUUGGUGCCACUGCUACCGUUCAGCGACAGUGUCGAGACGCCAGAGAGAAAAAGCUCGACGGCGGGAGAAGAAAGGCAGAGCGUGGUACCCCUUCUGCCGUUCAGUGAUGGCAUCGAGUUGUCAGAUGUUGCGACUCCUGGGCGGACCGAAUCGCCCCGAAGAACCUCCAAAUCGAGUCGGCGCAGCAGCGCGAUAACCGUCACUCUCGAGACUUCAAACAAACUCUCAGAUGCUGACCUCUUAGACAGGCGCUCUACUGCCACCCCGGGCCGUCGAUCUACUGUGGAGACUCCAGACUGGCGCUCCACCUCCGACAGGCAGAGAGAGGAGCCGGAGAAUCGCGAGGAUGAGUCUGGUAAACGGCGACUGAGUCGGACGCCGUCGCUCGGUGCCCGAGAUCGGCCGUCUCUUUGGUCUACCGACCGGGAGAGCACGGAUAAGUCGGCAGCGCCGGCAGCUGACGGGGGCGAUGGAGAUGACGGAUACCGGCCGUCACAACGUGCUGCUCUGGGUAUCGGUUCCGACUGGGGCGGCUCGCUGAACCGGCGCCGUAUGCCGCGUACCGAGACCCCCUCAGGCACCGUCGGCAAGGCGUCGGGCUUCCAGCUGCCGGCUGUCAUCUCCGGCCGGUUGGCACGCCAAAGCGAGUCGUUCGUCUCCUCCAGUCCAGACCUGUCUCGGGAUCUGUUCUCGCCGACCGGUGCCCGCUCGCCGCGCGUGGGCCGCCGUGACCUGGACGAGAUUCUGGAGCGGGCGGCGCGCCGGCGCUCCCGUCAGGCGGCUGGUGGUACUCCGCUGCUGACGGCUCGCUCCCUGUUCGCCGCUGAGCCGCGCGCGGGCCGGGCCGGGCGGGCUGAGUCUGAGGACCGGUGGGAGCGUGGCUCAGAGGACCGUCCGGAGGUACCGGACUCGCCCGGCGGCCGGCCGUGGCGCCGCGUGCGCCAGGACAGCGAUACCUCUGACGCCUCCUCGGCUGCCGGCCGCUCCAGCAGCUCCGGGGUGCCCGAUGGCGAGCAGAGAGCCGAGCGGCCGCCGGCCAGCCCCCUGGUGGCUGGCUUCGUGCCGACGCCGCGUCGCAGCGGCUUCAGAGGCCGCGCCGGCAGCGAGGGAGGGAUCCUAGACGCGCCGGACGAAGAUUCGACAGCCGGCGGCGGCUGGCGCGGCACCUCCCGCAGCUGGCUGACACUGGGCUCCCGCUCGGCAGAGGCUGCCGCCGAUGACGCAGCCGAGACCUCUUCAGUUAGCAGCAGUAGCACUGACAGGAAGAGCUCCACGCGUCACUGGCUGGCCCAGGGACGACUGGACGCCGAUGAUGCUUCGGAGACGGCAUCUAUUGGCAGCGGAGGCGGUGGAGACCGGAGGAGAGGAGCCUCCCGCGGCUCUGGGUGGACAGAGCCCGCUGAGGAGGCUACCAGCCCGGCCGGCCCGCCACCCGCCACACCGCCGCCCAAACAGCGGCAUGACAGUCCUGCACACUCACUGACGAUUGUCAACGUCCAGAAGGCUUCUACUCAUACGAAUGAGCCGUUAGUUAACGGUUUCUCGGUUUCGGAUUAUAAAGCUGAGAGUAAGACUGAUGACGGUGACGUGUUUUCGUCUGGAGACCGCUCGACUCUGCUUCGUAAGAAGCUGGCGGCUCUGCGAGUAGGAGCUCAGCCGGAGAGGGAGCUGGAGAAGUCGGGGGAUGAGAUGGACAAUGAGAACAGAGCUAGUCAGCUGCGACAGAAGGUAGCGGCCCUCACGCCCGAGGUGGAGACGCAGCCGCGUGAUACUGAUGUGCCAAACGAAGACUCAGGGGAGAACCGUGCCAUGUUACUGCGAAAGAAAAUCGCCGCCAUGAAAAAGCCAAAGCCUGAUACGGAACCUGAGAGUUCUAUUCUGGACAAUACUGCAGAGGAGAACCGAGCCACCGCGCUGCGGCAGAAACUGGCCGGGCUGCGGCCAGGCUCCCUGGCCCUGCCGGUGGCUGCCGAUGCUGAUUCGAGAGGUGCCGAGGUCGGCCCGCUGCGCUCACCUCUCACCCCGCGCUCGCCGCGGCCUGAUAGACCGUCGGAGGUGGAACCCGAAGCGGAGGCCAGUCGAAGUCGGCCGACGGGUCGCUCUAAGCUCGCUGUACUCACAAAACCUACCACCCCCGCUGACAGCAGUGGUCGGCCCCCGACUGACCGGUCACCGGCCACGCCGCGCGGACCACGACCCCGCUCGGCCGUGCGGCGGACAUCAUCUCUGUCGGGCCGCGACAGCUCUGUGGGCCGCUCGCGGUCACGCAGCCCGGUCAAAGGCCGCAUCGCGACGCUGCGACUGAAACCGCGCCGCGUCUCACAGUCGCCGGACCCGAUGGCUCGCUGGCGCUCUGUGGAUGACGUGCUCAGCUCGCCGGCCGGCGCGGUCCACCCAGGCGGCGAUGACCGCAGCUGGGAGCCACAGACGGCCGCCGUGGAGUCACCACCACCACCGAGCCAGGAUGAACCACAGGAGAGCGGUCAGUCCCCGGCAGAUGGGUCACCACAGCUGCCGCCGGCCCGACCGCCGCGCCGCCGCAAAUCACGACCCGGCGAGCCGGGCUCACCGGUCAAAGAACGAGUCGACGAGAACCGCAACCAGAUCUGCGCCACCGAGUCGUCGGAGAGCCGCGAGGAUGAGUCAUCAUCGUCGCCGCCGUCGUCACCGUCUCCCGGCCGGCCGUCGAUGGAGACGGAGGCGGUGAGCGCCGGAGAGGCGUGGUUGGCGUCUCUGACUCCGGCCGGCCGCGGGAGGAGCUGGUCAGCGUCCAGCUGCGGCUCGCUGGGCUCGUUUGACCUGGAACGGGAGCUACUCAGUGCGGAGGAGUCGGCUUCGGGCGUGCCGCGGCAGCUCACCUCGGUCAAGUCGGACCUGAUCGCCUUCUCACCGAAAAAGGAGGACGAGCAGGUGCCGACGCCGCCGCCGGUGGCCGCCCCGGCCGCCCCCGCCGCCGCCGCCGCCCCCGCCUCGGCCGUGCCGGCGGACCUCAGCACUUCCCAGCCGCCCACCCCCACUGACGGCAACGUGGCCGAGCUGCUGAAGAAACAGGAGCUGUACUUCCAGGAUCAGUUGCUGAAACGUGACCGGGAGAUGACGGCGAUGAAGAACGCCAAUGCCAAGCUGAUCCAGCAGGCCUCCAGCAACAAAACGGAAAAGGUUCUGGAGCGGGUCGCCCACCUGGUGGCGUCACUGACCAACGAGAACGGCCGUCUGCGACACGAGCUGAACACUGACCGCGCGCGGCUGGUGGCGGAGCGGGAUGAGGCGCGACAGGAGGUGGCAAACGCAGAGGCCAUGUUCGCCGAUCUGCACAGGAAGUACGAAAAGAGCAAGGCCGUGCUGCAGGAGCACCGGCGGUGCGCCGAUCAGAACCAGGCUGCCUUCCGGGACGCGAAGGAGAGAGCCGAGCGGGAGAAGCAACGCUUCGACAUGCUGCGGCAACACUCUGAGGAUGCCCAUGCCAGGCUCGAGGCGGAUUACGAGGCGGCAGAGAAGGCACACCAGACCGAGCUGCUGACGCUCAAAGCCAAACUGCAGCUGGCGGAGAAUCGCGAGGCAAAGCUGGAGCGCGAGAAUCGCGAAAUUACCGCCAUCUGCGACGAGCUCAUACAGAAGAUGGGCGCCGGCGCCGCGCGCUGACCGCCCCUGCUGCAAGACUCGGUGGCGCCACCUGGGCAAACAGAACCUCCAACGUCGGCCGCUAGAUGGCACGGCCGGUGUGAAGUGCCUCGUCGAGACUGGGAUGACCGAUGAGGGCCGUAGUGUGAAAUGAAGUGACAGAUAUAAACGAGAACCCGACUUUUUGGUUACAAAAUCUGGACUUGAUUUUGGCUGAGAAAGCUGGAGUAAUGUGGCAUGUGACUAAUCCUCGAGCUAAGUCUGCAACUAACGGCCGUAUCGGGCGGUGGGUGAGUGGCUGAAUAGUGACAGACGGACGGAGUACGCCGGCGCUGGGCAGUGUGAGUGGGUCGGUCCGGCAGCGCCGUGCCGGCAGCGCGGCGGUCCUGUGAUACAGCGGCCGCGCCCGGGGCUGCCGGGGACAUUCCCGACUCUCCGCCGCCGCGGACGGACGGGACGGGACAGACCAGUGCGUGCUGCGGCCGGGACGGCAGCGUCCCAAGACACGGUCAUGUGUCGACUCUGCGACCUCCUUUGUUGGAGCUGUCGAUACGAGUCGCCAGCUGUGACCGUCAUGGAUCGCCUCAGUGUAGUAAUUCGCCCAUGGUGUAACACUAAUCGCUUGAAAUGUUCAUAUACUAUUCGUCUUCUGGAGUCGUUGCACAAAACUUUGUGCGAAGGAUGACUUAUUUUUCCUGUUAUUGAAUACAUGAAAUUUUGUCCA